UACGAUAAUAACACAUUGGGGUUUGUGCUGAUCAGCUAUGGCGGCUGGACCAUCGCUCACUCCCAAUUGGCUUGCCGUUUUGCUUCUGUUUGCUUCGGCGGCCUUGUCCUUGGCCCACCCACAAACACAUCGCCAUCAAUUUGUUAUUCAAGCCACGCCAGUGAAGAGGCUGUGCAAAACCCACAAUGCCAUUACCGUGAACGGGCAGUUCCCGGGGCCGACAUUGGAGGUCAAUAAUGGCGAUACUCUCAUCGUCAAUGUCAUCAACAAGGCCAAAUACAACGUCACAAUUCACUGGCAUGGGAUUAGGCAGCUUAGAACUGGGUGGGCGGAUGGACCUGAAUUCGUGACUCAGUGCCCAAUCCGACCCGGAGGAAGCUAUACUUACAGAUUUACGGUACAAGGACAAGAAGGGACUCUAUGGUGGCAUGCUCAUAGCUCAUGGCUUCGGGCCACUGUUUAUGGCGCCUUGAUCAUCCGCCCUAGACGUGGAGAUUCCUUCCCUUUCCCCAAACCGAACCGCGAAGCAAUACUUCUAAUGGGCGAAUGGUGGGAUGCAAACCCCAUUGACGUGGUGCGACAGGCCACAAGAACAGGAGCAGCUCCUAAUGUCUCCGAUGCUUACACUUUCAAUGGUCAACCCGGUGACUUUUACAACUGCUCUAGCAAAGAUACCGUAGUCGUGAAUAUAGACUCUGGCGAGACCAAUCUGCUCAGGGUGGUGAACUCUGCCCUGAACCAGGCGCUAUUUUUUACGGUGGCUAACCACAAGCUGACGGUGGUCGGAGCCGACGCCUCGUACACGAAGCCCUUCACCACCUCUGUUCUGAUGCUGGGCCCGGGCCAAACCACUGACGUUUUAAUCUCCGGCAACCAGGUCCCCAACCGGUACUACAUAGCGGCACGUGCGUACCAAAGCGCCCAAAACGCACCAUUUGGCAAUACCACCACCACGGCCAUUCUCAGCUACAAAUCUGCCCCUUGCGCCGCCAAGAAAGGGUGCGCGUCGAUCAAACCAAUCAUGCCAUCCCUCCCUGCAUACAACGACACCGCCACCGUCACUGCCUUCAGCAAGAAAUUCCGCAGCCCAAGACCGGUCCCAGUCCCGACCAAAAUCGACGAGAGUCUGUUCUUCACCAUCGGUUUAGGACUCAACAAUUGCCCACGUAAUUUCAAAUCGAGCCAAUGCCAAGGCCCCAACGGUACUCGUUUCACGGCCAGUAUGAACAACGUGUCCUUUGUUCUUCCUUCGAAUAUCUCAAUUCUUCAAGCCUUCCAACAGAGGAUUCCGGGCGUAGUCACCCCUGAUUUUCCAGCUAACCCACCGGUGAAAUUCGAUUACACCGGUAACGUCAGCCAGUCACUUUUUCAACCGGUUCCCGGUACUAAAGGGUACAGAUUGAAAUACGGGUCGAGAGUACAAGUUGUGUUGCAAGACACUAGUAUCGUAACCCCCGAAAAUCACCCGAUCCAUCUCCAUGGCUACGAUUUUUACAUCAUCGCCGAGGGAUUCGGAAAUUUCAACCCGAAAACCGAUACUAAAAAAUUCAACCUCGUUGACCCUCCUCUUAGAAACACGGUGGCCGUCCCCACCAAUGGCUGGGCCGUCAUCCGAUUCGUCGCCGACAAUCCAGGUGCUUGGAUAAUGCACUGUCACUUCGACGUGCAUAUCACGUGGGGACUGGCAAUGGUGUUUCUGGUGGAUAACGGCGUCGGACAGUUGCAGUCGAUAGAAGCUCCCCCGCCGGAUCUCCCGAUAUGCUAAGCUCACCAAAGCACCAAUUUUUGCAUACCCAUUUAAAGGGCUUUCCUUUUAUUAUUAUAAUAAUCCUUUAAAUUCGAAUUAGUUUGUGAAUUCUGGGCAUAGCAUAUGCUCUGUUUCACUGUUCUCUUGUAUUUUUCUCAUAAGAUAUAGUUUGAAAUUCAAAUUGAUAUUCGAUAUGGAAUCAAUCU